GUUGCUCGAAUCAGGUCGAAGAUAUUAAGAAUUAUGGAACCAGCAUAGGUCACCUCAGAGAAGCACAUCUUGUUCGGAACCUAGCAUAGGUCACCUCACCAAGCACAUCUUGUUCAGAACCCAUAGCCAUAGGCCACCUCACCAAGCACAUCUUGUUCAGAACCUAGCAUAGGUCACCUCACUACAUCACCAGAAACGAUUUGUAGCAGGACGCAAGAGGGAUCACCAAGAUGACUAAAUGUGCAUCUCCUUCUACUUCGCCUGCAACCGGUGGACAUCAAGAACAAGUGGCACCUAGAAGUACUUCAUCGCUCAACAAUAAAGCCUCCAUCUCCAACAAGAAGGUUGCGCCGCGAUCUGAAAUUCCUGCCCUUCACAUAGUUUCGGCUACAGCUACGCAACAACAAAAUGCAAUCGCGGCUACAGCUACGCAACAACAAAGAGGUGCUGGAAAAGCUAAUCGCGGGGGAUCGCAAGGACAAGAAGGUGGAGGCUCGACGACGAUAGUAUCGAAAAACAAGACGAAACUUCAUGGUAGCAGAGCGGCUGAGGGAGAAUUGCAGCCCUUGCUCUUCUUGAAGCAGAAUCUUUACUCGGAGGUACAGUUUGAUUCUACUGCUAUUCCUUAUCUUAUGAACAAAGAAUGUUGAGUAUUCUUAAGAUUUUUAGUAGAUUGAAGAUUGAUAAAAUUAAAAACAUUUUUACCAGCAGGUCUGCUGUUCAAGAGUAUGAUGAUCGUUCUUCUUCAAGUUUGAUUACACGGAAAAAUGCCAUGCAAUCGCCCUCUUCGCUUUCAGGCUGCUUUCGAUGACCUCAACGACGAUGGCGCUGCGCCGCCACAAACACCUGGCUCAUCCGACAGUGAUCGCGUUGACUGCGAUAUCGAUGAGAAUCAAAACUUAGUUUUGAUCAAAAGUGCAAGGUACUGAGUACCUUCUUAAUAUUUAUUUAGACAGUACAAGUACAUUAUAAGCAUAGAUACGCAGAAAUAGAAAAAUAGAUGAAGAAUAGGUUUCAUCUAGCAAGCCGAGGGUUCGCUUCGCUUUACCGAUCAGAACAUGACCAGGCUCAUAUCCUACCCCCUCUCAAACCAGGAACAAUCGCCCGUCCUCGUCUGCGCUCGCAUUAUCACGGACUAUCGAUCAAAAAGUAUCAGACAUCCCGAAUCAUAUACGACCAUAUUUCCAAAAAGCCAUCGAUGCAGGCAUCCUUCAUCAAGAUGAUCUUGCUGCACCUCCUGUUGAUGUGGGAGUGGGGAAGAAGAGGUAACAAAAUGUGACUUCUUUAGGUAGUUGUGCAACUCGUACCCACCUUGACCUUGUACCACUUUCAUGCCAACGAUUUCAAGAAUCGAGAAGUUGAACUAAAUCUCAAAUGAAGCCAUCUUCAUCUAAAAACUGAAACAACUUCUACAAAAGGUAUCGCAAGAAGCGGGAUGACAUUGCUCCUGGAUCGGAAAAGAAAGAGACUAGGAGUCGUUCCUGGUGUGCUAAACCGCAACAUGAAGUCUCUCAAAUGUCAGGAGAAGGGGAAGAGACUGAAGGAGAAGUGUUUUUUUCCGUGUCAGAGGCAGAACCUGCUGCCGAUUGUGACAACAAAAACAGAGCAGGAGGACAACAUGAUCAAGGACCAGCUGGAAGGAGAAACAGUGUCCUUGUAGCCAAUCAUGUCGACAAGGGAACCAAUGGUACAUCAUCAACUACAACUGGUGGCAAAAACUACAACAAUAGUACUAUUACUACCAAGAUGAAAGCAGCUCCUGCAGGUGGUAAUCAUAGAGGACGUGCAGGUCGUGCUGGACCUGGAGGAGAGUAUCCUAGUACAACAGGUGCUGGAGGAGGAAGGAACGAAGCCGCUUCUUCUACGUCACAACAGCAUCAGAUGAAGCACAAUGUGAAACACGCAGACCUCGUUUUCGGCACUGGAGAACAAAGAUCAGGACAGCAGCUGCGAACAACGAGUCAAGAGUUGAAUCUGCGUAGUCGUAGUCUUGACGAGGAUUUUCUAAUUUACGACAACGUCAUGCCUCAGAACAUGCAUAGCCGGUCUAGCAUGUUAGAGGACUCGGUCAUGUCUUCAGUGUUCGUUUCCCGCGAACACGCCCUAGCAGGAGACGGCUUUUACGAUACUCGAUAUACGAAUGCGUCCUCAUCCGUUUCGCCGUUGUACAGAACUACGGAGAGUAUCUUUAGUGUCACGCAACAAUCUUCCUUCCAGGAGAAUGUACCUCUGUCCCUAGACCCGGAAGCAGUUUUCGCGGACCGCAGGAUGCCUUCUGUCUUCGCCACGGAACCAAUGAAUGCGGAGGCGGUAGCUCUGAGACAACGCU